AGAAACGAGAUAUAGAGUAAGAUUCAGAUAUUCAAUUCACAACUAACACAAAACAAAAGACUACAAGUCACACACGAACAUCCCGAACGAAAGAACAGGACGCCGCCGACCACCUUAUUUACAACAGACUGACCGGAUAUCCUGGCUCAGUCAAACUUUUAUUCCCCACCUCUUUACGUUCAAUUUUAUGCAGCCGUCGCCUCCCGAUAAUUUUAACAGAAAUCUUACCCUCGAAAACCGGUCAGAAAUAUCCAAUUCUUCUAAUUAUGGCAUCCACUCUCCUCGCCUCCAGUCCAGCGAGCUGGUCAGUCCUCAAAAUGGACUCGCCAACUCAACGGCAAGCUCAACCCCUUCGCCAGGUUCAGCAGGAGCAGGAUUGGGAUGGCGAUCGUCUCUCGAUGACGUGCAGGAGUCAUUGCAUGGAUUGAACUUGGAGACCGAUUUUGAAAAUCGUCCGAGACCAUCCUAUCAACGAAUUGCUGAGUAUGAGAAUGCACUUGCUCCUAGUCCAUCCAGAAAACAGCCUGAGGGACCUGGGUUUAUGGUUGUGAAGAAGAAAGGCAGUAUGAGAAGUGAUGAAGGACCCCAGCUGGAGAAUUUUCCCAAUGGUAUUGUUCGAUCCUUUUCUUGGCAUCAAAUGACAUUUUUCUAAUAUUAUUUCUUACAGAGGUCUUGACCCAUAUUCUAUCGCAUUUGCCCGCAUCUUCUCUAUCUGCAGUCUCACUUGCAUCGCGAAGGUUUUACAAUUUGGUCACCACCCCUCACGCAUGGCGCGUCGCAUUUUCGAGGUUUUUUCCGGGCCAAGAUAUUACAGACACGUCACCUAUAACUUUGGGUCGUAUUUCAGAUGAUGAGGAACGAGAACAAUUUCGCGAGCAACGAUUCUUCACGCGACUGACAGGGUUGGCAAGCUGGAGGAGCGAAUAUGUGCUCCGAACGCGCCUCUUGAGAAGUCUUGGAAGAGGAAAACCUGCUCAAGGUGUCGAACAAAGCGGUUCAAGCCGAACGAACGGUGUCGGAAAUACAAGCGCUGUCACGACAUAUACCUCAGGACUUUUCACGUCCAUCAAUCACCUCCAUGGCAUUUUCGCCGAAGGAAAGAAAUAUCCGCGAUUUAUUCAUGGCUCUGAUGAAACUGGUUCUGCGAAUAGUAGCGAUCCUAAACUUGGAAAAAUUGAUUCUUGGGGUUUGGCUGAUCCACAGGCACUGCCCCAAUUUGCAGACCUCUUUACGGGCGAUGUGCCCUACGGUCUUGGAGAUGGUCCCGCAGGUCUUCCAAACGUUAUGGAUGUUAGUCAGCCCUUCGGAAUGGUGUAUGGAGAAGGUUUUCCAGGAGGUUCGGUCUACUACAGAGCAACAAAUGAAAUUCGUGGUCGUUUUCUAGCUCAUUCACCACCCAGUUUAGCAGACGCAGAAUCUGGGAUACCAAAUAUACCACCUCUCACCGAAGCGAUAUCCUCACUUUGGAUUGCUAAAUCUAUGUCUGCACCCAAUGCCACUAAUGGUCUGAUUGGCAUUAUGACUGGCUCGACACUCGGUGUUAUCACAGCUUACAGUCUGAGCGCGGACUAUGUGAAGACCAAACCUGGGCAGGUGAUGGCUCGUUGGAUCCCUUCUCCUGGCGUCCCUAUAAUUUCAAUUAGCGUGGAUGACUCUUAUAGUCAGUCACGCAGAGCAUUGGGUCGAGCUUGGGCAGUCGCCCUGAACGCUUUAGGCGAGGUUUUCUACCUAAGUGACGUACCUAUACACCCUCCAUUCAAUGCAUUAUUAGGCGAGGAUUACUUGGGUAGGCAGGCCUGGAUCUGUGGUCGUUCCGUAUACUGGCAAGUUGUGGAAGCAUCUCGACGUAUAGCACGCGAUGAUCCAUGGCAGGAGGCUGAAGUUCAUGGCAGCUAUUCCCCUAGAUCGUCAUGUUCUUCUAUGAAUCUUUCCCGGCAGCAGCUGGUGGCGGAAACCCAUGAGAUUGAAAAAUUCCUGAGGUUUCGUCCCUUGCAUUUCCGCACUGUCUGUCAUGGAUGGGAUAUGCGCCGAAGACUUGAAGUUGACUUCAGUGGCGAUGAUGGUAACGGAGCUGGCGAGAGCGUGUUUGUAAUUGGUUGUGGGAUCAAUCCUGGAGAGAACGCCGAAAUCAAGCGAUAUACAAGGUGUAAAAUCGAACAAGCAUCGCUGGACGGAUUUACGUUACCAAGAACUGCUCCGGCAACACCUCCAGUGCCUUCCGAGCAGGCUGAGAUACCCUCCAUAUUUGGAAACGUGUCGAAAAUUAAGUCAGAGGAGAUCACUUCGCCAAAUUCACCAAUAUCGCCCAUGACGAAGCUAGACCAACCUUCCGGAGAUCUGAAGUCUCUUAUGGAUGAAGAAUGGCGAAUCUCUUUACUAUCUUUGAAAUCCUAUCCCGGUGUUGAGAUCACCACGUCUGCUAUUGAUUUAUCAGCAUAUGCCCUGCUCACAAUUGAUGAAGACCCAUUACGCACGGUGAAUGGGAAUACAAGCUUUGCUCCUUUCCCAGAAACACCAUCUGAUGAGACUUCGUCAAUCAGCAUUCCUGGAUAUCGUGCACGUUAUUUAGCUGUAGGCACCAAGAUAGGCCAGGUUAUAUUGUGGAAUAUGCGUGGCCCUCAAUCUGCGAAUCCUCAAGUAGUUAACGAAUUACAUCCAAUUCGUACUAUCGUCACGGAAUCCCCUCAAGUAUCAUGUUUGGCGGUUUCUGCAUUGUUUGUUGUUCAUGGUGGUAAUGAUGGCCUUGUACAAGCCUGGGAUCCUCUGGCAUCGUCUGCUCAGCCCGUUCGUACUCUACACUCUCGCUUCUCUUCCCGUGCUCGACGACGAUUAAUCCAAGCUGAGGCGCGAAUUCAUGGUGUAGGCAUCAAUCUUUAUGCAGCAGGUGCCAUUGUUCUUGAUCCUGACCCAACUAUCUUACGUGGCAUGGUAUCACUUGGUACUCAUCUUCGAUACUGGCACUACAGUUCCUCUGCUGCCGAUCAAUUCCAGACCAAAAAACGAAGGCUGCGUCGGGGUGAACGUGGUAGUAAUGGAGCAAGUGAUCGAUUUAGCAAUACUGGCAGGGGGGCUAUAUUGAGUCAAAUUGCCAUCGAACAACAAGAAGUCGACCAGGAAAAGAAGGAAAAGGCUAAGGAGGCAGCCAGAUUUGCUGGUCGAUUUGGUGUUGGCUUCGCUGGCCUUAGUGAAGAAGAAGCUUUGCGCUAUGCAGAAAUGGUGUCUGCUCAAGCCCUCAUAGACGAUGAAGAACGUCGUAUCAGUGAAUCCGGGUAUUUUGCAGAUACUGGCGAGGAUUCUCCCACCAAAGGUGGUAGUAGCGCCAGAACUGUCACACCUGAAGCUAGCACUAGAAGUCAACCCAUGGCUCCCAUGUCGAGUACAGAGGCCCAACCUGACUACGAUCAUGAUCUUGAGGAGGCUAUACGUCUUUCUUUAAUGGAUGGCCAUGCAAUCGGUGACAACGGCUAUUCCCCAGGCAAUGGCGAUUAUGACAUAAACUUCACCUACAAACAAAAAAAGACAGGACGUUCAACAUCAACCUCGCCAUCAACUAGUCAAGCAUCCAAGAACAGAUUCAGUUCGGAAGGGUCAUAUUCUAUGGACAAGCAUGCUCAAUUAGCGGAUGACCUUGAGUUUGCUUUGCAGCUUAGUUUGGCGGAGGAACGAAGCAAACAAGAGGCUGAAGCCGAGACUGACGAGUUUCCGGGACUCGGAUUUGCGGGGAAGGGGAAGGGGAAGGGUCGAGCGAUUUGACUUCAGAAUUGCUUGGGAUAGCUUUCUUCUCUAACGGUUAACUUCUAAUUCUUGCUUCUUCAGUAGCGUGGCUUUUAUUCGGAGGUGUCUGAGACUCUCGCGUUGAUUUUUGAUUUCUUAAAGACAGCCUUAUUA